UUCCUAGUUCGCGGCGCAAGCACUCCCCCUCUCCUCGAGACAAUUUGAAAUGGCUCUCCGUCGCGUCCUCACCACCAGCAAGGCCUUUAAGGCGACCCCGAGCCUUCUGCGCCGCUCCAUGGCCACUGUGGCCGACGAGAUGACGGUGCGUGACGCCCUCAACACGGCCAUGGACGAGGAACUCGCCCGUGACGACGAGGUCUUCCUCAUGGGUGAGGAGGUUGCUCAGUACAACGGCGCUUACAAGGUCUCCAAGGGACUGUGGGAGAAGUAUGGCGACAAGCGCAUCAUCGACACGCCUAUUACGGAGCAGGGCUUCACGGGUCUAGCCGUCGGUGCUGCCUACCACAACACCAAGCCCAUUGUCGAGUUCAUGACGUUCAACUUCGCCAUGCAGGCCAUUGACCAGAUCAUCAACUCGGCUGCUAAGCAGUACUACAUGUCUAAUGGCGACAUCCACGUGCCCAUCGUCUUCCGUGGCUCCAACGGCCCUGCUGCCGGUGUUGCUGCCCAGCACUCGCAGUGCUACGCCGCCUGGUACGGCAGUGUGCCUGGCCUUAAGGUGGUCUCCCCGUACGACUCGGAGGACGCCCGUGGUCUGCUUAAGGCCGCCAUCCGCGACCCCAACCCGGUCGUUGUGCUGGAGAACGAGCUGUUGUAUGGUGUCUCGUUCCCCAUUUCGAAGGAGGCCCAGGACAAGGACUUCUUGAUUGAGAUUGGCAAGGCCAAGAUCAUGAAGCCGGGUAAGGACGUCACUCUUGUGGCAUUCUCCCGCAUGGUGGGCGAGGCUCUUGAGGCUGCCGCUGCUCUGGCCAAAGAGGGCAUUGAUGCCGAGGUGAUCAACCUCCGCUCGAUCCGCCCGUUCGACCGUCAGGCUAUCAUUGACUCUGUGAAGAAGACCAACCGCAUUGUGUCAAUUGAGGAGGGUUGGGGCCAGCACGGCAUUGGCGCUGAAAUCGCCGGAAUUAUCAUGGAGACGGAGGCCUUCGACUACCUGGAUGCCCCUAUGGAGCGCGUGACCGGCACCGACGUGCCCAUGCCGUACGCUGACAACCUGGAGAAGUUGUGUCUGCCGCACAUUGAGGACAUUGUUGCUGCCGCUAAGCGCACCGUGGCCCGCAAUCUGUAAGCAAAGCACCUCUAUAACCAUGGACAACGUCGUCAUCCUCCAUCUCCAUUUUACUUCGAGAACCUCGCGCUAUGAAGGAAAACAGAGCGAGGGCGGAGCACAUGCUCACUCACGACUACGCAGGCAACAAGCAUCGUGCGCAAAGGCAGUAAGGAGUGGAGUGAUUGACAUUAGGAAGGGUGUAAUUAAUCGAACCCGAUAGACCACAACGCA